AUGGGCAUGCUGCAAGUCGUCGCACCGCCACGCUCGGGCGAGAAACGCCGGCGAGAGGCUGCGCUGCCGGCGACGGCCAAGCGCACGCGGUUCCUCUCGGACUUUGACGUCGAAGAGAUGCUCUGCACGGUGCUCACGAUCACCGAAGACCUGAGCUUGCUCCUGAACCUGACCAAGGACAUUUGCCUCGAUACGCACUGCCGUCAGUGCAACCAACAGCACCAACGAGCGCCCACCGUGCUCGCGGUCCAAGCCAUGUGCAAAGACCUCUACGACGUGCUCAAGUACAUUCUCGAGAAGCACUACAUCGACUUCGCGCAGCUCGGCAUGGACCACCUCGUCCUCGCCGUGCGCCACCAGUUUGUCCAGUUUAUGCUCGAGUCGUCGCUCAACUAGCUGCUUUGGUAGCUAUCCACCCUAUCAUUAUUACCCCGUGAAUGUAGUAUAUUUCCAUGUCA